CUUCCCAUCAAUUUAGAUCUCCGUCAUUAUCUCGUGCGCAUAACCCUUGCUUUUCCUUCUCUUCUUUAUUCAGGCAGCUUUCCCCAGUACAUCUUUUUCUUCUUCUGAACCUCGUCACCUUCCACCCUUAUUAGGUAAUUGCCUAUACUGAACCUGUUUGGCUAUUGCAACGCGGAACGCCUGCCGCUUAUUUGCAUCCCUGGUCUACUUCAACCCUACCUAACUUCAUCUCUUCUUUUCGAGACGGCGCUUUUCUGAUUCGCGUACUUGAUACCGGUUUUUUUGUUACAUCUAAUAACCCACUCCUUUGUCCAUUCCCGCGCAAUAUACCAUCGUCUGAAAGAGCCAGUUUUUUGUUUACAAUGGAUUACACCGAGGAUAACCAGAACGCCGCCCCCGGCAGCGUCCAAGCCUCCAAGCUCAAUGCCGCUCGCAAGGGUCCAGACUCCCAGAGCGUCACCAAACGGCUCCAGACCGAGUUGAUGACCCUUAUGACCUCGCCUGCGCCCGGAGUCUCCGCGUUUCCCUCCGCUGAUGGCAACCUCAUGUCCUGGACCGCCACCAUCGAGGGCCCCGAAGACACGCCAUACUCUGGUCUCACGUUUAAGCUGAGCUUCGCGUUCCCUUCCAACUAUCCUUAUGCUCCACCUACCGUCCUCUUCAAGACGCCCAUCUACCACCCCAACGUCGAUUUCUCCGGUCGCAUCUGCCUCGACAUUCUCAAGGACAAAUGGACCGCCGCCUACAACAUUCAGACCGUCCUGCUGAGCUUGCAAAGCUUGCUCGGUGAACCCAACAAUGCAUCUCCUUUAAAUGGCGAGGCCGCCGAGCUGUGGGACAAGGACCCCGAAGAGUUUAAAAAGAAGGUUAUGGGGCGACACCGCGACAUUGAGGAGGAGUAAGCAUUUUCAUAGCGUGCAGGCUUUAUGAUUUUACGUUAUUGGGUACCUGGAGUCAUUGGGGCACACUUCAAUCGUUUGAUAGGGUAUUUGGGUGUAUUUUGCAUUUCCACAACUAUGGCUGGGGAAAGGGGGGCUGUCCGUCCCUUCCACGAGCGCAUGACCGGUUACAAGUUAUAAUAGAACCUGUCAAAUUCAUCAUGACAGACAAAUCACCGCCUAACCAGGCUGCUUCCCGUCACUCUCCCUUUUGUAACAAUUAGGGACUCUCUACCGCGGCAAUUGUUGCAGAGGCGAGAUGUUUCGUUGUGGAAUAAAAAAAAAACCUUUGUUGAUCACAUUGCCGUCUUUUAUUUUAAGCGUGAAAAGCUAGAAGAGCCGGUUGCAACUCCGUAAUGCCAUGCCACCCCAGAACCAUUCCCAAAGAGAAACAAGUUUUCUUUACUCCUCAACGACCUCGGUCGCAAGGCCCUUGGGGUUCUUGACAUUGACUGCCUGAACGUAGCUGUACAACUUCUCCUUGGCACCCUCCUCAUCAUUUCGUCGUCGGGAAACACGAACUCGGAUUCUGUAGGCGACACCCUUAACACCCUGCUCCCAAACCUUCUUGUUCAGGGAAGGGUCGAUCCGGACGUCAGAGGUACCCAUGGCCUUGGUGGCGAAAGCCUUGAUCUCCUUGAUGGCACGGGGAGCCCUCUUCUUGAAGGAAACACCAUGCAGUCUCUUGUGCAUGUGGAUGGUGUACUCGCGGGCAACCACGUCCGCAAUGGCGGAGCGCUGAGUAGGCUUCUUUGACGACAUUUCUGGGACGAGAGGUGGCGUAGUUGCGAGUGCUGAGGAUUCUCUUGCGACCAGCGUUUGACAGAGAUUCCGUAUGUGAGAGGGAGAGAGG